AUGGCAAAGACAGAUUUUUAUUCCGCAAGAGUUUUACAACAAAGAGUACGUAGAGAAAAAGUACAUUAUGAACAAAUUGUUGAUGAUGAAUCGAAGUCUGAUAUUAAUUCAAGCAGUGAUUCGGUUGAUAUGCUUGACUUCCAGUUAUUAAAUAACACAACAACAACAACACGUUUACAUCGGCAAGAACUUGAUGAUAAUGUUGAUGGGGGUCAUUUUUCAGACGAAGAUAAUUUUGAAAAUUAUUAUUCUUCAAAUGAAGCUGAUAAUGUUAAUAUCGACGAUGAAAUUUUAUUGCUACACGAUGGAAAUUUACCAUUAUAUCAACAAGCAUCAGUAAGUGUCGGAAAAGCUGUGCAAUACAUUAUGAAUUAUUAUAUUAAUUCAAAUUAUGAUAAAUCCAAGGUAGUUGCCUUGCUAAAUGUAAUCAAAUACAUAUUACGUAUACCCAAUCGAUUACCAACAACUUUCCAUCAAAUACUAAAAAUAUACGGUAAAAAGCCUUCAUCGACAGUUAAGUUUUAUUAUAAUAGUUGCCUUGCUUUAACAGCAGUUAAAGGUGGGCAACAAUAUUGUACGAAUUUUAAUUGCCCUUUUACUAAUAUUAAAUUAUCAAAACGACAACUAAUGGAAAUUUUCACAAUGAAUGUUAGGGAUAAAUUGCAAUCGAUUGUUCGCCGAAAGAUUUCUGUAAUUACUGGCUACGAAGAACUUUUUCCUAAAUUCGAUACUUCGUCUGGUAAUCGCUACCAGCUAAUUACAAAGAAUGUUGCUAAUCCAAUAACUCUCAAUAUUCACGUGGAUGGUGCACCACUGGUCACAAUUAAACAAUUGACGGAUUUAUCUGUAAAUGGAACAUCAAUAUUUGUCAAUGAACAUGAAUUUCAAGUGAAUGUUAAAACAUUAUUUUUCAUUUCGGAUUUGCCAGCAAAAUCAUUAUUCACCGAGACAAUUCAUUUUAAUGGAUAUUUUGCAUGCACAAAUUGCAUUACCGAAAGCACAUUAUACAAGAAGCAAAUUAUUUAUCCUUAUCGAAAUAAUAAUUACAUGUCAAGAAAUCAUGAACAAUUUGUAAAAACUGCUAAAGAAGUUGAACUAAUAUCACGAGUCGAUGGUAAAUAUGCAAAGUCUGUUGUUGGUAUUAAAGGCUUUUCCAGUUUGUUGAAAUUGUUUCGUUAUCCCGAUGAUAUUAUUUAUGAUUAUAUGCAUUUAAUAUGGUUGAAUCACGUUCCAACCCUAUUGAAACGUUUUAUCGGUCACGGUGGUUUGGCCUUUUCAUCUUCAUUUUGUUUCGAAUCGGUAAUUCGUUUUCUAAAAAUAAAAUCUCAUGGAACGAAAAACCUAGGUUCUCAAAUUGCAUUUUGGUGUGAUAUUGACUCAAUCAUGCUAUCAAAAGAAUUUGGAUCACCUUCAAAGCAAUUACUCAACGAAAUAAAACUAUGCAAUGAUCCAUUAAAUUUUUAUAGAAAAGUGUUAAAUGAAAAACUUGCUAUUCUUCCACAUAAUAUUAGAAAAAUUCGAUUGUAUUUACGAUUUAAAGAUAAAUAUGUAACAUAUCAUUCGGUUUUAUAUGGUAAUCGUUUUCCAUGCGUCAGCUAUUUAGUUUCAUAUCGGGACCAACAUCAACAAACGCAAUAUGGUAAUAUUAUUUUGUUUUAUUCCCACGACAACGUAUAUUACUCAUUGAUACAACAAUACCUUAUGUCUCCUGUUAAAAUAUCUGAUUAUUUAAUGAUUCCAAAUGAACUUAAAUCAAGAAUUGACUCAUUUUAUCCAAUAUGCUAUUUAAGUAAUGAAUUUAUUAUAAUACAAGUUUGCGAUAUUGUCAGUAAAUGUAUAUCCGUACCAUUUCUGGAAUAUCUUUGUAUUAGUGAAAGAUGCAUAAGUUACGAACAUGAUUGA